GCCAGGAUGGCAGUGCUGCUGAAGCACCCACCCAAGGGAGGGCCACGUCCUUUAGCCACUCGAUUGUCUCAGCACACUGCAGCAGCCCAUUGCGAAGAUGGACGCACGGAGGCCCGGCGCAUGGGCCGGACUGAGAAUCGGGUCUGGGCCCAGGACCAAGAGGUGGAGCCCGGCCUGGCCAGAGGCCACCCAUCUGAGAAGGAGGACGAGGAGGAGGAGGCCGCAGCAGUGAGGCAGGCCUCCAGGAAUACACGGGCCUCCGUCAGGGGCCACUUGGCCGAGGCCCUGGAGGAGCAGCCGGAACCCCUGCAGAAGGCUGUGGGGCCCCUGGAGGUCAGCCCCAAGGCCUUGCCCAAGGAAUCCGAGGAGGGUCUGUCUGACGGAGACCUCAAGCAAGCGUCCUUCAAGGCAGGGGUCACUCUCUGGAACCAUCUUCUCAGCCUGUACAAGGAGCUCCAGAAACCAGCCGUGGCCAAGGAAGGCUUGGCCCUGGAGAAGGAGAAAGGGGGCGACGAGGAGACGGAAGAGGACAGCGUCUUUAACUUCUGUGUCCCCGGCAUCGUCCCUCUCCAGUCGCCGCUGCAUAAGACCUUUCGGUCGACAGAUACCGUGGGCUUUGUGGAGUCGGAGCUGAAGAUGCUGCUGGCCGUGCGGCGCGAGUCCCGCCUCUGGAAGAUGGGCGCCCAAGAGGGCCGGGAGCUGCUGGCCCAGCCAGAGAUCACCCUGGAGGAGGCGGGCAUUGUGGAUGGCCAGCACCUGCUGCUCGAGGAGAUGGAUGAGAUGGGGAACUGGCCCCCCGAGUGAGGCGGGGCCCAGGCGGUCUUGGGAUGACUAAUGACCUGUGUCUGCAGGGUGUGCGGUCCAGCGCUGUCCCGCCAUCCAGAUUGGUAA